GGAAGCUGGGGUGUGGCGGGUGCCACCCACUGCUCCUGGCCAAAGUUGAGCAGAGCAGCAGCCGGCAGCACCCAGGGGUCGGGCAGCACCUGGCUUCCACCGAUGGCCCCGGUGCUGCCGUGGGGUUUGGCUGCUGCUGCACCCAUUGGGUUCCUGCUAUUGCUGUUCCUCUGCGCCCUCUGCCCCAGGACGAGCGGCCGCUUCUCCACCCAGAGCACCGGGAACGCCGCAGGGAACUCCGGGCUGGUGACGCUGUCGGGACCGGACUGCAGCGAUGGGGGAGCAGCGCUGCUGGGAGGUUCAUCGCCUUGCAGCAGGACAGAUGUCACCAAUGAGGGGAACACGGGCAUCUCCGGGUCACCACAACCCAACACAUCCCCUACAUCCUCCCAGAGGACCCCAGACUUCCUUCGGCACCGGCAGCUCCCGCUGCUGCCCAGUGACACCACAGAGCCCACAGUGCAGGAUGCUCAGGGGCCCAUCUACGAAAGCAUCCGCUACAAAUCCCAGCAGCUCAGUGCUGGGCUGGAGAAGCCCUACAGGGACAGUGGGGACAGUGGGGACUCCAUGCAGGGCGUUGUUGUGCAAGAGGAGCCGUGCAGCACAGGCAGCCCCAUACCUGUGUAUGCUCGCAUCUGCAAAGUGCCCCGGGCACAGCAGCACACGGUGCCCAACAGCACUGAGUCUGAGGAAGAGGCAGCUCCAGCACUGCCAGAGAAACGCUUUGACAUCCUUUAGGAUGGGAUGGAAGGAUCUCUGGAUUGGACACUUGGAAAAGGCUGGGUGCUAGGGAAAGGUUCUGCUCCAGAGGGCAGUGGGAACAGCCCCAACCUGCUGGAGCUCAUGGAGCUUUGGGACUCUGCUCUCAGACACAGGCUUUGAGUUUUGAGUGUUCUACUGGGACAUCCCCACACGUCUGCAGCCCUGCGACCAGCUCUGUGCUCCCCUUGCACUGAUGCAGCAUGGGCAACUCAGGGUCUUCUCAGAUCACGGCAUCCCAGAGCUUUCCCCCCAGAAAUACCAAGCUGCAUCCCAUGGGGACACAGAGUAAUUCCCUGUGCCACUUUGCUCUGCUUCAAGCAGUGGCUUUGCUGGGGCGGAGUCAGAUGGAGCAGAAAGGGAUUUUGCUUUAAAGGAGAAAAAAAAAACCCAAACACACUAAUAAGAAGUAUGGCCCUUUGACGUGACUGCUGGCACGGGAGCCGGGGACGUUUCUGUUCUCACUUGUUGAUGGUUGGCAGCAUGUUGCAUGGGGUGACUCAUUUCGGUGCAAGAUCUGGGGAGCUUUCGGAGCCAGGGGAAAUCAGGGACAUUCCUCAGCCCUCUGCUCAGCACUUCCUAAUGUUCCCAGAGGUGCCCUAAGCCACUGCAGGGCAGUGCUGGAGGAAAUCCUUGUGCUUCAGGGUUGCAGUGCUGGGGAAAUCCCUGUGCUGUAGGGUCCAGAGGUGCUCAUGUGCUGAGAGCUCCGCAGUGACAUAUGGGCAUGGCCCCAUUUUAGCUGCUAGAUAAUCACUUCCAGUUGCUCACCUGCUGUCCUACACACUCACCUGCCUUCCUAUAUGCUCAUUCACCACCUCAGACAACCAUCUAUGCAUGUCUACCUUCCUAAACACUCCUGCAUUCCUACACUCUUGCUGCAUAUUCAUCUGCCUCCACAUACACCGCUCUCUACACCCAUCUGCCUUCCUAUACAGUUAUCUCCCCUUCUAUAAGCUCACACUGGGCUUGGAGGGGAGCCCAAAGGUGGGCAGUGGGGGGAAUAUUCACAAGAAUCUCCAUAAGUGCUACACACAAGAGAUGCGACCCAGACAGUGGUAGAGCAGUGUCAGCUCCUGGAGUGGCUCCCCAGCAAAAGCAAGCAGGCUCCAGGGCUGCGCCUUGGCCGCUGUUACCCUCAGGUGUUACGGGUUUUCUUUGCGUGCCGCUCAAAGGACAAGUUGGUUAAUGAUUAAUCUUCUAUCUUGAAUGAAGCGGAGGGGAAGAACGAGGGCUGGCUGGUGGUGAGCAGCUCUUCAUGGAGCUCCACAUUGCAGUAGCUUGGAUCCUCUCAGUUCCCAAAAUAAGCCCAGAUGAGAUGCAAGAACAAGCAAAGUACACCUGGAGGAGUAUAUUAAAGAAUACUUGGUGCUUGCUGAAGCUGUGCUAGCAGUGCAAAAAAAAGAGCAGCGCUGGGAGAGGAAGCAAAGAGUUAAAAAUGAGAAGGCGAAGGAAGGGAGGGGAAAGAAAAAAAAAGCAAACAGGACAGAGUUUAUUAAAAAAAAAAAAAAAACAACAUAAGGAGGCAAAGAGCAGAAAAGGAAACCUCGUGAGUGUCUCUUCCUCUCUUGGCUUCUCCCUGCUUGGGCUGCAGGGAGGGGGGAGGCUCAGCUGCGUGUGCCUGGAGGAGCUGGGUGCAUGGCACAGCAACCUGCACCAGACCCACUCCUGUGCCCAGGUCUGGCUCUGUCCCACGGUGCCAAUCACAUACAAGCUAUGCCACAAUGUGUGACCACUCACCAGCUGAAUUAUCAACGAUAGGAUGCAGCAGCGGAGCAGCAGAGCAGCUGGCCUGGGGGCUUUGCUGUUACGUGGCCCCAGGCGGUAACAGUUAAAUCUGCAUCAUGUCAGCAACGAGCGUAUAAAAGUCAGGAGCUGGGCAUGCCAAAGCCAGAACUGUGAGCACACUGUGCGCCAAGCAGCUUGUGCAACCACAGACACGCUCGAUGGCUUCUGCUUGACCCCGCUGGUUUUUCAGGCUAUCAGGGAUCCCUGGCAUCGCAUUUCCAAACAUUUUCCUCCUCCCAUGAGAAGACUAAAUCCAGCUUUUGAACACGCGAGCUGCGUUGGCUGGGAGAGCCGUGCCAGCUGCACUGUGCUUCUGCUGAGGGAAAUGGAAUACAAGCAGGCAAACCCUCUCCUUUUUGGUGACUCCCAGGCGCAGGGCUGGCACCAGCUGUGGGCAGCUUCCAGGAUGCAGCUCUUUUCCAGGGGCAUGGAUGCAGCCAGAUUUGAUCAGAGGUACUCAAAGACCUUAAAUUCAGUAACGUUAUUGCUGCCAUCGUGGCCGAUGCACUGUAAAAUAAGGAAAUCCUCCUAAAUCCCGUCGUAGAAUCACAGAAUCGCUCCAGUUGGAAGGGCUUCAUAAGGAUCAUUGAGUCCAAGUCCUGGAAAAUCAGGCAGUGUGACUGAGUGCGUUGUCCAGAUGCUUCUUGGGAUCAUUUGAGAUGCACAUACAGGCACUUCAUGAGACCAUUUUGAGGCGAUGGCCAUCUAAAAUGGACACCACAUCCCAGCACAGAGGCUUUGGCCUCAUUGCUAAAAGACCAAUGGCCAACAUCACAGCACUGAUGAGCUCAGAGUUCCUUUGGGAUGAAACACCCCCAAAAGCUGGGCCAGAGCAUGGAUCCCACAGCCAGACUGCUCUGGCAAGAGAUGAUACAGAGGAGCACCUGCACUUCAAGUCUCAAGGGCUUGGGCUCUUCUGCUGUUUUCAGCUCAUGAUGGGAAUGAGAGUUAGUGCAAGGAGGGUCAGUAGAGCUGCACGAGGCAGCGCAACACCUCAGGAAGUCCAGAUGGAAGCAUCCGGAUCCAUGGAGGAUGCCUGUCAGCAAAACAUCACGCUCUCAUUCAACAGCAUUGGCAGCUAUAAAUUUACAUUAUUUUCUCCUUCCCAUAUUCCUUCCCCAUAUUACUUGAUCCCAUAAGCUGAGGAGUUGAAAAACAGCACAUUUCAAAUGUCUGCAACAAGACUGCAAGAAUAAGAGUCACUUUAAGACUGGAUUUUCACGCUCUGGAGUUGCUCAGAUCUCAGCACACGUUGGUCCUUCAUAUUGUCAAUGACACGUAGGAAAAUUUGGCCAAAAAAAAAUCCUCCAGUUUAUUUGGUUAAUUUGGUCUUGGUGGCGUGGCUCUGAUUCAUCUCGUACCAAAACAAAAUGAACGAUAUUAAUAGACCCAAAAUGUCAGUUAAGCAGUUUAUCCCAAGCUUGUGUACUCAGAAAUGAAUAAUCUCUUGAGGUUGAGGGACAGCGGCCAAAGCACAACGCCAGGCAGAGCAGUGGGUGGGUAAAACCAAGCCAAGCUUAUUCAACUGCUAAGCACUGUUAGUCUCAAGCUAACAUUUAAUAUUAACUGAAAUUAAAGCUGUAACUAAUGAUCAUCCCAUGGA